AUCAAAGGUCAACGUUUUACUACCGGUUGCGCUAUCUCAAGAAAAGAUUUUACUGUUUAUUCGACACACAGCGUUAGUUAGAGUUGCUGCUUCUGCUAGAAUAGUCAAUGGUGUUUAUGUGAAUGUUUAAAAUGUUCGUGAAAGGGUGGCUACUAUUGAGUGUAUUCCUCAUAAUUGCGGUGUAUAAUCCAGUUAAGUGCAUCAGGCGGUUUUGGAGAGGCAAGCAUUUUUCGGUCGAUACUACUUCCUUGCGGCAUGAAUCGUCAUUCCAAGGUUUCUCCCAUAACGAUGUUCAAACGCUUUGGUUCGAACAGCUUUUGGAUCACAACGAUCCUACCAAUUCGGCUACUUGGCAGCAGCGGUAUUACGUGAAUGAUAAGUAUUUCAAUGCAACAAGUGGUAAUGCACCGGUAUUUUUAAUGAUCGGAGGCGAGGGAGAGGCUACUGCCCGUUGGAUGACUGAAGGGGCCUGGAUUCAUUAUGCCGAAGAGCAUGGGGCGUUGUGCUUUCAGCUUGAACAUAGAUUUUACGGUAAAAGUCAUCCGACCGAAGAUCUAGCAACGGAAAAUUUGGCUUUUCUUACAUCCGAACAAGCACUGGCUGAUUUGGCUUACUUCAUAGAAGCUAUGAACGGAAAAUUUCAGCUGACACCGCAAAAUUUGUGGAUUGCUUUUGGUGGUUCCUAUCCGGGAUCUUUGGCUGCUUGGUUGAGAGAAAAAUAUCCUCACUUGGUACAUGGCGCGGUCAGUAGCAGUGGACCUCUGUUGGCGAAAAUAGAUUUCAGUGAGUACUUCCAAGUGGUGGUGGACUCCCUGGGACGCUACUCAAAGCAGUGCGUUGAGGAUGUUAAAAGCGCCAUGAGUCAGGUUGAGCUUAUGCUGAAACAUAUGAUUGGUCAGAGGAGCCUUACCGAAAAGUUUGUUCUUUGUGAUCCGGUUGAGAAAUCCAUAACCAAUCCGCUUGAUAUUACAAGUCUAUUUGAAGCGAUUGCUUCCAACUUUGCCGGUGUGGUGCAGUAUAACAAGGAUAACAGUCCUCACGCUAAGAUUACUAUCGAUCAGGUGUGUGACGUGAUGACCAACCAAACCGUUGGGGUUCCUGUUUCACGGUUGGCUAAAGUAAAUGAAAUGAUUCUGAAGCAAGACGGUGAGAAGUGCUUGGAAUACGUGUACGAUAGCCAAGUGAAGCAGAUGCAAAAUAUUUCCUGGAAGGCGGAAGUUUCGAAUGGAGCUCGUCAGUGGACCUAUCAAACUUGCAAUGAAUUCGGAUUCUAUCAAACAUCUGAGCAGCCGGAGUCUGUAUUCGGGAACAGAUUUCCAGUGGAAUUCUUUGUGCGUCAAUGCACAGAUAUCUAUGGACAAAAGUUUAACGCCCAAACGUUGAACCGGGCUGUGUAUAGAACCAACACAAACUACGGAGCUCUCAAUCCUGCGACUACAAAUGUGUUGUACGUGCACGGCUCCAUUGAUCCAUGGCAUCGAUUGGGUUUGAUCGAAAGCAACGAUAUCCACACGCCGACCAUAUUUAUCGAUGGAACAGCUCAUUGUGCCAACAUGUACGAACCUAAGGAGGAUGAUUUUCCGCAAUUGAAGGCUGCACGUGUGCAGAUCAAUUCCUUUAUCGGAAAUUUACUCCAGGUAAGCUCGAGAUAAAACACCCAAAAGUUUAUUGAUAUUCUGAAUACAUGACUUAUAUACUCUCUCUUCACAAUUGAA